AUGUAAAAAUCAAACGAAAUAUCAAUAAAUAGACUAUCCUAACUAACUCAAUAAAUUGGACGUAUAAAAUAUAUAUAUAAGAAUUUUUUUAAAAAAAUAUCUAAAAAUUAAAUUAUUUAUAAUUGCAAUAUAGAACUCAGUCCUUAAUAAUCGCUUUAAUAUUAUCGAAAUUUAGGUUCGACAUGUAAAGAAGAAUUAAAAUAAGCUUUUUACGGUCCCAAAUUUUCUUAUAGAGACUUAGUAUUUGAUAUAAUAUGUAAUAACUAGGAUAAAUUUAAUGCCCCAUAUACUGAAGAGCAGGACAGAGAAGCCUAACGUUAUUCAGCUUUCAAAGAACUCCAUUUCAUAUAAAAAACAUUAAAUAUGGGUUAUAAUGAAUAUUAGAAAGACCCACAUGCGUUCACAAUGACUUCUAAUGCAGUUUAUGCUUGGAGUCCUUCUAUUUGUGUAAAAUAUGGUGUCCAUUUCAGUUUAUAUGGUAAAACAUUAAUGAAUAUCGGAACUGAAAAACACUUACCUUACAUUGAUAGAAUGAUGAAAUUGGAAGAUAUAGGUAGUUUUGGUCUUACAGAAAUGUCCCAUGGAAGUAAUGUAAGAGGUAUCCGAACAAUAGCUACUUAUGACAAAAACAACAAUGAAUUUGUUAUAAAUACAUCUUCGAAGGAAGACAUGAAAUUCUGGAUUGGUGCAGCUGCUCAAAUAGCUAAUAUAACUGUUUGCUGGGCCCAAUUAUAUAUAGAUGAUGUAUGUCAUGGAGUACAUGCUUUUCUAGUACCUAUAAGAAAUAAGGAUACACACAAAACUUUGCCUGGCAUAAUUGUGGGAGAUUGUGGUCCUAAAAAUGGGCUCGAUGGAAUAGAUAAUGGAUUUAUGAUUUUUAAUAAUGUCAGAGUUCCUUAUGAUAAUAUGUUAGAUAGAUUCUCUUAAAUCGAAAAUGGGAAGUUUAAGACUUGGAUAGAAAACGACGAUAAAAGAUUCGGAAUUUAAAUGAGUAGUUUAAGUGGAGGAAGAAUACUAAUUGCAUUAAAUGCGAAUCAAAAUUCAAUUAUUGCGUUAACUAUAGCAGGUAGAUAUUCAGCUGUUAGAACUUAGUUUGGACCUCCAGGAAAAGCAGAGUAGGCUUUGAUUGAAUAUACACUUACUUAGUAUAGGAUUAUGCCUAAUUUAGCGGCUACUAUUGUUGUAUAAUUUUCUUCUAUUAUACUUAAUUAACUUUGGGAUGCAAAUUUAAAGCAUUUAAUGGAUGUUAAAAAUACACUUGUUAAUGAAUUGCAUGCUAUAAGUUCAGCUUUGAAGGCACUUUCUUCAUGGUAGGCUUAAAUGAUUAUUUCAGAAUGUAGGUAAUUAUUAGGAGGUCAUGGGUUCUCAGCUUUUAAUAGAUUCGGAUAGCUAUAUAAUGAUAAUGAUAUUAAUGUUACUUGGGAAGGAGAUAAUAAUGUACUUAUUUAAUAAACUGGGAAGUUUUUAUUAGAAGUAGCAGCUAAGUUAUUUUAAGGAAAGUAAGUUUAAUUUUAGUGUACUUAAUAUAUUACUGUGCAACCUGUUUUAGGAUAAUAAAUUGAAUUUUAAGAUACUAAAGAUUUUGUAUGUCCGAAUAAUUUAAUAAAAAUGCUAUAAUGGAGAGUUAAUUUAUUAUUAUAAAAAAGUGUAAUGAAAUUAUAGGAAAAUAGAUAAAAUAAUUAAAAUUAAUGGGACGCUUUUAAUAAAACUUAACCUUUAUAUAUUUCUGAUUUAGCUAAAUCUUUUGGUGAAUGUUGGAUGGGUUAAUAAACUUUGGAAUAAAUUAAUAGAUUAAAUAAUAUGUAAAAUAAAAAAGUUCUGACUGAUUUCUUUGUAUUAUGGGCACUUGAUAUUAUAAAUAAAGAUAUAGGUAAUUUUAGAUAGGGCGGAUAUUUAAAUUGUUAAUAACAUGAUUUAAUUAAAAAUAUUAUUAUUGAUUUAUGCGCAAAACUUAAAGGAGAAUAUAUUAAAAUUUUGGAUGUUUUAGCUCCUCCUGAUUUUAUUAUUUAAGCACCUAUGGGAGCUUAUGAUGGUGAUGUCUAUAAUAGAUACAUUAGUUAGUUGUUUUCGGCUAAAAAUACUUUCGCAAGACCUUCUUGGUGGCAUGAUAUUCAUAAAGCUCAUAAAAAAUAUAAUUUUAAAAUUAAUACUAAUUAAUGA